AUGAAGUCAUCAGGGGACCUGCUGCAGCUCUCCAGCAGCAAAGCGAAGGGGCGGCCGUCACCCAGCAUGCGCACGUCAGCAUCUUCCCUGGCAACAGCAGCAGGUGCUGCUGCUGUCUCCGUGCGGCAGCGCUUAGCCAAAGGGCCUUCUGGCUGUGUGGAGACAGCUGCAGCACCAAACGCGAUGCAGCAGCAGCAGCAACCACACCUGCUGCUGCUGCAGCUGCUGCUGCUGCUGCAGCAGCAGCAACUCCUGCUGCUAGCAUCGAUGAAAUCAUCAGGGGAUCUGCUGCAGCUCUCCAGCAGCAAAGCGAAGGGGCGGCCGUCACCCAGCAUGCGCACAUACAGCUGCAGCACCAAACGCGAUGCAGCAGCAGCAGCAGCAGUAGUAGUAGUAGUAGUAGUUGUUGUUGUUGUUUUCAUGUUGAGGAAGGAGGAGCAGCAGCAGCAACAGCAGCAGCAACAGCAGCAGCAACAGCAGCAGCAACAGCAGCAGCAACAACGAAAGAAACAGCAACAGCAGCGAGAAAAGAAACUGCAGCAGCAGCAACAACAGCCACACCAACAGCAGCAACAACAAAAAGCAGCGGCAGCAACAGCAGCGAGCCAGGGCUGGCGCUGCUGUCUUUCGAUCGAACGAAGGAGGUUCAGAGGAUGUGGUUAA